GAUGACACACUUUGACAUAGUGUUUAUUUUUAUUUUUAUUAAAGUCAUAUAAAUAAUUUUUGAGUCCAUAAAAAAAAAAAACAUCUCAUUUCGAGGAAGCAAACACGCAAGCCCGCAGAGGGACUAGCCUUACGAAGCCAUAUCGAUUUCUCCGGCGGAAUCUCCCGAUACAUUUUUCCUGCGAGACCUUAAACCUCAAUCGGAAAAUCCGAUCCGCUCCAUUUACAGAAGAUCCGAAUUCAAUUCAUUGGACAUUUCUGGAUUUGAUUGAUGGCUCCGGUUUCAGCUCUCGCGAAGUACAAAUUAGUGUUCUUAGGAGAUCAAUCGGUCGGAAAGACUAGUAUUAUCACAAGAUUCAUGUACGAUAAAUUCGAUAACACUUAUCAGGCUACUAUUGGUAUCGACUUCCUUUCAAAGACAAUGUACCUUGAAGAUCGAACAGUAAGAUUGCAGCUUUGGGAUACUGCGGGACAAGAAAGAUUCAGGAGUCUAAUUCCAAGCUACAUAAGGGACUCCUCUGUUGCAGUCAUUGUAUACGAUGUUGCAAGCAGGCAGUCCUUCCUCAACACUUCAAAGUGGAUUGAGGAGGUUCGCACUGAGAGAGGCAGUGAUGUCAUCAUUGUGGUAGUUGGCAAUAAAACUGACCUAGUGGAAAAGAGGCAAGUCUCAAUAGAGGAAGGAGAGGCCAAAGCUCGUGACCUAAAUGUAAUGUUUAUUGAAACAAGUGCCAAGGCUGGCUUCAAUAUAAAGGCACUAUUUCGCAAGAUUGCUGCAGCCUUGCCAGGAAUGGAGACGCUAUCCUCAGCAAAGCAAGAGGACAUGGUUGAUGUCAACCUCAAGUCGAGCAACACAAAUGCGUCUGUGUCACAACAACAGUCAGGAGGAUGCGCAUGUUGAUUGAAGGACCGUAUGAUGCAUUAUUAUGUUUUGGGAUCGACCCUUCAAUCCGGCUGUAAAGUUCUUCCUUCUCACUGGUUGCAUUUGAGUUUACGUUGUAGUUCACUACUACUGUGUUAUCUCGUACCUGUAUCACUUUGUGGACAUGUAGUUAUCAAGGCCUUAAAUAGUCAGAUUAUUUUUGUCAGCGAGUUAUAUUUGUAGUGUAUUACAUUACUUGUGGUGUCUUUCAGAUUUGUUACAGGAAAUUUUGAUUUGAAAUUUUCAAAUAAGGCAAUGUUUUAUUUC